AUGUCCAAUACACGACUAAUAAACAAUUUAAAACGCUUCCGGUUGGUGACAUUUGAUAUAACCGAUACAUUGGUACGUUUUAGUAAACCACCUGCAAUACAAUAUGCCAAAACCGCUGCCCAACUUGGAGUCACUGACAUCGAUCAAAGUACAUUGGAGGCAUGUUUCAAAAAGGAAUUCAAAGCAAUGAAGAAACAACAUCCCAACUGGGGUUACCACACACCGAACUUUACCUGGCAGGAAUGGUGGACAUCGCUUGUAAAAAAUAUUUUCCUUUGUGUAAAACCCGACAUUGAUCCUAAGAAACUACAAGAGGUAGCGGAAACUUUAGUACGUAUCUAUCGUACCAAGGAAUGUUAUUGCCACAUGGAUGGUGGAGUUGAAUUAGUUGAUAAGGUACGAAAUAGUGGCAAGAAAAUUGGUGUGAUAUCAAACUUUGAUCCCAGUCUCAGGCAAGUUCUGGAAGAAGUAAAAUUAGCUGAUAAAUUUGAUUUUAUACUCACGUCAUAUGAUGUGGGUUUUGAAAAACCUCACAAAGAGAUUUAUGACGCCUGCUUAAAAAAGUGCAAUGUACAGUCAAAUGAAGCACUACAUAUAGGAAAUAUGUAUGCUAUGGAUUAUGAAGGGGCCCGUAAUGCUGGCUGGAGCAGCAUUCUUAUUACAUCCAACGAAGAAGAUCUCGAAAAAACUCAACCAACUCAUGGUUAUCGAAAUAUUAAAGAUUUACUAAAGGCUUUAGACAAUGAAGGUAUUAAAUGGUAGUUUAAUAAGAUAACUC